AUGUCAACUAGACGUUCCCAAAAUUCUUUAGAAGGCAAUACAAGUUUGUCAUUUAGUGAGCAAAAAGAAUAUGAUAGUUUGUAUGGAGACAGUGAUGAAUUAUCCCAAUUUAUUUUAAAAGGUAUAAACUAUGCAGCAGACUCUGCAGUUGACCUUGAGCAAGCGGACGAAGAAGAAGAGGUGCAACAAUUGGAUGAAACUGUACGAAAUAUGAUUGAUAUUGAAAAUAAACUCGCUUUGCAAAAAGAUGUAUUGGAAAGAAUUCAAGUUAGAGUAAAUGCAGGACGCAAAUUUGAUGAUGUUGUAAUUAUUUAUGAACAAGAAUGUGAAAAGGCGUUUAGAGAUUAUUCACAAAGUUCAGAAGAAGAUAAAUAUUUCAAGAACGAAAAUUAUAAUGAUUUUCGACAAAAAAUUUGGGAAGUUAAACAUGAAAAUGAACCAAUGCCACCAAUGAAUCAAAAUGAAGAUGAUGACCUUGUGGUUGGACCUCAAAAAGAAUCUUUACAUUGCCCAAUCACGACUUUACUGUUGGACAAUCCGGUAACAAGUGAAUUGUGCAAGCAUACGUUCUCUAAAGAUGCUAUUAUGCAGUUAAUGAGCCGUAACGGCAACGUUAUAUCAUGUCCAAUUCCGGGCUGUGAUAAACAAAUUAUGGAACAUAAUCUCAAAGAGAAUAAACGUUUAGUGCGAAAGGUUGUUGAACACGUUAAAAUGAUGGAAAAUGAAAUGGACGAUAUUGAGUCAACAAAUCAUCCUAACGAAAAUUCUAUAAUUUUAGAAAAGCAAGAAGGUAAUGAAAAUAAAUCAUCAGCAUCAUUAAAUACAAUUCUCAAAAAUUCCUUUGUAAAAGGAAAUGAUAUACCAUGGACGGGAGAAGAAGAUAUCAAAACAACGGUAUUAAGGAUGAUAGUAGAUAAAUAUCCUCCAUUAAAGAUAAAAAGAAAUUCCAUUAAAGAAUUUAACAGUUCAUCAGAAAAAUUCAAAGCAAAUUUGCCUCCUCUCCCUAUAAGUAAAUUUCCUUCCACUACCCUUCCUGAUUCACCUUCAAAUAGCGUAAUCUCAAAUAAAAGAUCAGCUACGGUAUCAAAAAACGAGAAACUUGAAAAAAUUCGAGAGGCUAAACAAUUUCGUUUACUAAUUGCAAAAGACGCUGCAACAGAUUAUUCAAUUAAUAAAAAACUUGGCGUAGAAUCUGAAAGUGAACAACCAAAGGUCGUACCAAAAAGUAUUUCUGGCUGGAAUAAUUUAGUGGAGAGUCGUAUUCAAGAGGCUAUGGCUGCUGGUGAAUUUAGAAAUCUUCCUUAUCGUGGUAAACCUUUACCAUCGGAUCCAAAUGAAAGGAAUCCUUAUUUGGAUCGUACGGAAUUCUUCAUGCUUGUGCAAAGACAAGGUUCAGUGCCGGCAUGGAUAGAAUAUCAAAAAGAUGUGGAUAGAGAAAUUUCUCUAUUUCGUCAACGCUUGAGAGAAAGUUGGAUCCGCUAUGCAAGCAUUAAUAAUAUCGAUUCAAACAGUCGAAAUAUUCCUUGGGAAAAAAGAGAAUUAUCAUAUUAUGAGAAAGCUAUUAAUAAGUUAAACAGUAGGUUACGUUCUUAUAAUACAAUUGCUCCUUAUGCUGUUCGACGUGGUUAUUUAAACCUUGAAUUGGAAUUUAAAAGAAUAUAUCAGGAUGUAAAACAAAAUAUUAAUGAUCAUAAAGCAAAAGUUUUGGAGAAAGAUGAUUGUUUAUCAUUUGAUGAUAAAAUUGAGUCUAAAGAUGAUGAUAAUUUGUGGAAACAUUUGGCUAAGAUUAUUAAAUGGUGGAUUGGGAAAUAA